AUGGCAGGCGAGCCAUCUGAGUCCACCAACAUCUUCACUCGGAUGGAUUCUCGAUCUGCCAUGGAAGCAAACGCAGCACUACUUCUGCAAACCAUCGGCGAUGAGGAAUCACGUCUUCCAGGACUCGAGGCCACUGUGAAUACGAGUACAGACAAGGAAGCCGCCCCGAUGGGAAACAAACUCGUUCCUUUGCUUUUUCAGCGCCCUCAAAGUUCCGGCAUCGAUGUCUCGGCAUUUUCAUUCGCGAGGCCUGCUCAGAAACGAAAGGGCAACCUUCUCCAAAACUCGACCAGGUAUAUGUCCCUCAGCGUAGAGAAAGCUCCCAGUUCCCACCCGACGGCAGAACGAGGAGAAAUCAGUGGGAACAAUGAAUUUCUUGUCGCAGCAGGAGAUCGUCAAUCCCCAUUCAAUCCCUCGAUUAUCUCGAAGCACCAUGGAACUGGCAAUAAUCUUGUGGAUGAGCGCUCUUUGGAUUUGCAAUCGCGCCGCUCCACGGGAAAACACGAUCCUGAAAGCAACACGCAUUCCAAAUCACCGGCUGGCACUGUCGAUAAAGGAGCAAUUUCGGUCACUUCUUUGCUGUCAAGUUCCAAGGACAAAGGAAAUCAACCUGGAAUUGCGACAGAGCCUGGUAAUACUCGUCCGAGCUCAUCCGGGCCUAUGCAGAUCGAGAAGCAAGGUCUGCCCAGCCGUCGAGCUCGAGACCGCUCUUCAUCCCGAGUAUCCAAUAUCUCAUCACAUGAUACACGAGUCUUAAAGCGCCGGCAUGGCAGCCGCAAGGGCUUAUCGACCAAACGUCGAACGACCAAAAGCGUCGUUCAAAGCGGCUCUCAAAUGACAGAAGAUGACCUUUUCGAGCUGCUGGUCAACAAAAUCCGACAGCGAGAGGAAAAGGAGUUUGCUUCCGCUUGUCUUCAACGGCAGUUCGAGUCCGAAAAUACAGAGCUCAAAGGUGAAAACCAAUCACUCAAAGGAGAUCUCGAGGCGUGCCAGAUCCAACUACGAAAGAAGAUUUCCGAAUCAAAUGUUUACAAGACCCAGAUGGAUUCUUGGAAAGUGAAACUCAGCAAAUUCAAGGAGGUCGUCAACGGAUUGGGUGAUGCUUAUGGAAUGUUACGAGAGCAGUCCAACAGAUUCAUGACAACUGCGGAGUCUCUUGAAAAGGAGAAGGAAGGCAUCAUGAAAGAAACCAAUGAGAUCAGGGCCGAUAUAUCUCAAGCCGCAAAUACCAUCGACAGACAGCGAGAUAAGCUCGCUGAAUCAAAAAGACGCAUUGCUGUCCUGGAGCAAGAUCUACAACACUCGGACGAAAGUGGACUGGAGACAAAAUUGCAACUGUCUGAGGAGCGGAAAAGAGGAAAGAUCCUCGGCAAACUGAGUUCAGUCCUCGAGUUGAUUUCUGAGACUGCAUCAGCCUCUGAAAAGGGGGUUGUGGAGAGUGUUCUUGAACCCCUUCAUGAAUGUGUAUCUUCGGUCAGAGAGUUGCGCGAUGCUUGCUCUGCAGAAAGGACGGAUGCCCAGCAAUUAACAAGCAUUGUUCAGGAAGUAGUUUCUCGAAUCGACUCCCGUGCAAGUCAAUUUUCCAAUGAUGUUGACAAAAGCACUGUUAUCAACACUGUCACCAUGCAAAGUCUUAUGCAAGAGUUGCAAUCUGUCAAACGCAAUCUGGGAAGUGAUUCAUCACUGUUCAAAAAGCUUAUUGAUAGCGAGAGUGCGCAGAAAAGCGUUGAACGGAAGCUAGAUGCAAUUGAGCCAGCAAUCAGCAAACUCGAUACAUCAGUCAAGUCGUUGGAGACCACCGAGCACAAUCUUUCCCGUGGACUGGAAGAAUUUGGGGGCAAAUUGGGCAAGGGCCGGCUUGUGGCGGCUAACCCGGCUCUUGAGAUGGAACUUUCCAACAAAUCUGUUGAGAUUUCGCAGCUGCAAUCUCGAUUACAGGAGUCUUUGAAUGAUGCCAGCUUAAAGAAGCAAGCUUUUCAAGACCGUGUGAUCAAUCUCGAAUCUGAGAAAGUUGCCUUGAAGAACGAAAUCCAAGUGGUUGAGCAAAGGGCACGCGAACACUUCACAAAAGCAAAUACGGUUUCUCAGAACAGCCUGGAAGCGACGUACAAGCAACAGCUUCAAGGCCUUGAGAAGGAGAAGGAAGCUCUUGAAAAAGAAUCUGCCAAGCUCCAAAAGCAAGUGGAGAAGGCCGAAGGAGCUUUGCUCCAAGUCACCGAGGAAGCCAGGAAGGAACGAAGACGGCAAGACGCCAUGCUUGGAGAAAUGCAACAGCAAAUCAAGGAGCUCAAAGGCGUCUGCUCAGGCGCCGCAACCAAACUGGACUUGCAGGUUGACGAAAUGGUGUCCAUGCAUGGACAGCGUGAUCGGCUUCAGAGGCAUCUUGAAGAGUUACAGACAACUGUUCAUAACCUUGAAGUCAAUCUAAAGUGGCAGAUGAAGGAUGAGAAACUCGAGGCAGAGAAAGUGGCACAACAGAUCGAGAGACUGAAAGCCGUGAUUUGCCAAAAGGAUGAAGAGCUGAUGGCCAUGGGCCAGAAUUUGGAUGCAGCAAAUUCAGCCAAGAUGGACCUUGAGGCGAGCCUCCUUACCCAGACUGAGACUGGGAAGUCUGAAACAGCGCAAGUUCUACAAAAGCUUGAGAGUCUUCAGGCGAAGAUUCGUCAAAAAGACGAGGAGCUGCAGAUCACCAACCAGAAUUUGGAUGCAGCGAAUUCAGCCAAGUCGAACCUCGAGACGGGAAAGAAAAAGGCCAAGGCCGAGAUACAUUCCCUCCUCCGCCGAGUUCAAGAAGGGGAGAGUUGCUUGAAUACCAUCAGAGAAGCCGCGGCAAAAUUUACAGCAAUGGACUCAGGAGAGCCUUUUGCAUGCACAUGGAGCAAGUUGGAGACCUUACUGCAAUGCGCAGCUGCCGAGGUUCAGAAACAAGCCUCCCAUUACUCUACACGCAAAGAGACUGCCACUGGCAAUGGCAUCGAUGUCUCAUCAAAGGGGAUUGCUACCUCCUCCCCAUCCAAAGGCAAGGGUAGUUUGAUGCGAACCAGAGAUUUGCUCCAACAGCGUCCAAGUGUCCAACCAGCUGCAGUAUACGCCUCGGAACCGCAUGAGUCGUCACCAUCUGUGAUUGCCAACAGUGACACGGAAUCGACUUCGAAUACCCACAAUCCUACGAGCAACAUUUCUUCAUUUGCGAGUCUCGGAGCUCGACAUUCAAUGGACGAUGAUUCAAUCUCACCAUUUGAUGACCCGGCCGAGCUUGAGAUGCUUUUCAUGUCAACCCCAGACAUCCCGAAUCAAGCAGCAGCUUUGUGUGCCUCGGAACCAGCUCCGAUCACGAAGAACGAAGGGAGCAUUUCGAUAGAUGACUCACUCAUGCGAUGCGGAAAGCCUGACACGUUUAUCGGAAGCCCUGCAAGCCCUUCUGUUGCGGGAGCGGCUGAUGAAAUUGCAAAAGCAGAGCAUUCCACGAUCAAACGCAAAGCAGUCAGCUUUGGACAUCCGCACACCACUUCUGAGCCCAUUGGAGGAUCACGGCAAGGAUCAAUUCAGGUCGAGGGAGACUUGGACGAGGACCACUCGAGCAAGAAGACAAAGCGUGUCCAUGUGCACACGUACAGCCGCAAGAGAAGCGACCAAGCUUCUCAGAAUGUCCGUGCAAGCCAGAGUGUGACCAGCGAGAACAUCUGCCUGGAGACGAUGCAGCACACAUCGACUAAGACGAUGAAGGCCAGCGCCGGUCAGGGGCCCAAGUCAUCUCGAAAGUCGCAUGAUGCGUCCGAUGUACUGGAGCGAAGAGUGAUCCCGCGUAAUCUGGUUUCUGUAAGCAGUCAAAAUCACACGGGUGGCCAGACUACCGCCCGUCGUGGCCGAAGUCGAUCCCGUGGUAAACGCUACAGCGCCCGCUUUGAUAAGGAGGAAUGA